AUGGCGUUCGCCGAUCUGGAACCACCGGAUCCAGCAGAAGGUAUCGCCACAACGCCCUCCAGCGACAACGCCACACCAACAUCCCUUCAGCAAUCACAACCACAGCAGCAACGAGUGCGUCACGAGCAAGCUGAAACUCAGACGGCAGCGCGACUGCCUCACACUGCAGCAACCCGACACGAGCGCAACAUAAGCUCUAUUAACAUUGGCGGCUACCAAUAUACACGCGCCUGGUCAUCACGUCGCAAAAUCGUAUACCGCUGUAGUUAUUAUCGUGGAACAGGGUGCAUGGGUAGAGUCGAAUUCUUAGCUGCAUCGAUGGAGUAUGGUAACUUUAUUCAGCAUACCUGUCAGCAAGAUCACGUGGUUGCAGCACAUACAGUCGAUAUUUUGGAGCCAAUGAGAGAGGCUGUCGACGAUUUGGCUCGUAGCGAUGUCGCUUUGUCUGCAGCUGCUAUUUGGUCCCGUAUCAACGAUCAAUUUACGGCGGAGCAUCAGGCACUAAUAGGACUCACAAGAGAGCAAGUACUCAGGCGGGUAUACCGUGUCCGUAAUCGACACUUCGGUGGCAACAUACACGGGCGCAUUGAGAUGCCUCCGUUGUCCCGCGAUUCGGACGCCGAUAACAGAGACCGCGCCGAUGCGGCCGAAGACGCUGAGAGUGAAGUCACCUCGGCAGUUGUCUGGACGUGGUAUGAGGAACUGAUAAUGCGGUCUGAUGAUGCAUCUGACCUCUGCUUCAUGCCCUACCAGGAAGCUCGCCUCGAGAACAGGGAAGCCCAACUAAACGAGUAUUUGAAAUUUGAGAAAGUGGCUGAACUCGCCGAGCCUGUUACUUCUGUUGCCGCGCCGCUGAAGAGCUAG